AUGGCCAAGGACUCGAAUGCGCAACGCCACGACGCACCAAACACCAAGUCCCUAUCGGUGUCCUUCCACGACCCCAAGUUUACCAAUUUUGUCAAUGAGGCCAAUGUUUACAAUAACAACAGCAGCAAUGCAAACCAACAAAAGCAGUGCAAUACAACACCGCAGCCAGUAACUCCACAGAGAAACACGCCCGGGUCCACAGACAGGCGGCAAACCAUGAGACCAACGCAACUAACAACAGCCGCAGCCUCAGCCUCAGCUGGCAGCAACACCAACCUUGAAGAUAAUGACGACGACUGGCCGGACACGAACUUUGUCAACAUUGAUUCGCAGGAGAUUCUUGACUUGGUUUUGGCCGAGGAAAAGAUGUUUGCUACGCAGCAGUAUCUUGCAUCCAACGACGGCUCUUUAUCGCAAGAGUUUACUGAAACGCGGCAGGAUCCGAUGGCAGGUGGUUUGCAUUAUGGCCAGUUGAUGACGCGAUCUGUCCCGGUCACUCCACCUGUUGCUGAGCCCGUGUACAUAUCGGACGCUGAUACGCCUGGCCGCUCAAGCGCUGAGGAAUCUGCUGCUGGGAGUGUGAAUUCUGUGACUGAGCGCGGGCGACAACCUUGGCAUAGCGGCGGCCAGCCCGCGUUUUUUAAUCAGGAGAAUCAACAGGAUAUGCCCAAAAGCAAAGUGAAUUUGUUCCCGAGAUUGGCGCAGCACAUUCCGACCGUGCAGCCGCCUGUCAGUAGUGCCUCUUUGUAUCAUCGUCCGCCGCAGCCGCCAACGCACCGCGAUUCGAAUACCCGCCAUCUUGCUUUGCGCCAUCAGCAGCAGAGGCAGACAGGGGGCAAAGGCAGCCAGGUAUACAGGGCACAAUUGCCAUUGGGUCCAUUGAGGGCGAAUUCAGCGACCAGCCCAGGGGCACCGCCCUCGGCCAGACGCCAGUCAUCAUACUCACCGCAGCCCAACACCCUGCAUCGAAAGCCCACCCUUAACCAAAUCUUGGCCGGCGUUACAUCGCCAACCUCCAGUGGUCUCCCAAAUACUGGCAGCAACAACAGUGGUGGAAUCGCCAAUGAGCUCGAAAGGCUGCGGAUGGAAAACACCCGAAUUCGAGCCGAGAGCGAGCAGCUCAGGGCGCAGCUGUACACGAAGGAGGGUGAGGUCAAGAUCGUGCGCGAGAACCUGGCGAAGACCGAGAUCGACAACACACAUUUGCAAGAACGGCUGACUAACCAAAUCACCAGCUCGGCGCAAAUCCAGAGUCAGUCAGAGGCCAAGCUGCGGGAUGAAAUAGACAGGCUAAAGACGGAGCUUGUGUUCCAGCAGCAAGAGGCCCAGGUGGCGGCUAUUUCUAAGGCAUCAAUUACGUGGACUGGCGCGAGUGGUGCGAAGAGACCCACCCGUAACAUUGAUAGCACUCCCGGUGGUGCCGCUCAAAGCUCCUUGGCGCACGAUGCCAGCUCUAUCACUGGGACUUACCCGAGUGUCACAGACUUUGCGGCCAUACCGACAUCUGCCAGCACCAAACGUAGUGUUCCUGAGAAAGCAAUGAAGCUCAGGUCGCAGCCAGCCGCGAGCAGCACGAGCAGUGACAGUGCGAGGGCCGAGAAUACCCGUCUGCUGGAGAUCAUGACAGAAAUUGCCGGCCAGCGGUCCAACACUGGCUUUGGCAACCUAGUUUCCCUGUCGAUUGCGCUUUCAAAGGCCGUCAAGCGACCAGACUCCGAGAACAUGGACGCUUUUCACUUAAUGGUAUGCGAGAUGCUGUGCUAUACAGAGGCCAGCGGCUACGAGCAGCUCGUCGCUGUGCUUCAGUUGCUUCUGCGCGCUGUCGAUACCCUGGUUGAGUUCAGAUCCGCCUGGCUGCUGGGCACCGGAAAAAACAAAAAAUAUUAUCAGCGCGCAGCGCAGGUGGCAUUGGCCAUCAGCACUGCGUUGCGCAACAGUACAAUUGCCACAUCCAAAAUGCACACAAAUGAUCAGAACGCUGCCUCCUGCGGCGCAGCGAUAGACCACUAUUGUAAAUUGCUGCUGCAGAUUAUUGCCGUGCCAGGGGCUCUUGAGGCAGUGGGUAACGAGGCAUGGACAGCGUGCAACCCGUGUGUGCUGGGGCAGUAUUUAUCUGCGGGGUUGCAUAUGACCGGCUUGCGCGGUAUUCUCGAGCUUGUGGCGACGCUGGUGAAGGAAUCGCCAGUUAUAUGGAACCACCUGCGGCGACAGCCCGAGGAAUUCGAGGUGUUUUUGCUAGCAACUAUGGGUCGAUUACAGCUUGCGUUCGCGACUAAUGAUCAGCUUAUGCUUGAUGGCGAGCGUGGGUUCCUGGUUCUCGUGGCGUCGGCGAUGAUGAACCCUGAGGAGGAUUCUGCAACACUCAUUAAUGGAAUGCAAAAGUUUACCAGGGCUAUGGUGCUGUGGUUCUUGGACGAGCAUCAGGCGCUUGUCGGUCAGGCACGGAGCGUGGGGAGCGAUAUUGAGAGGCGGGCGCAGGUGUUCUGCCAGUACGUUAUUUGCCUCAAGGUCGUGCUGUCUGAGGUUGCCGAUGUUGUGGAGCUCUUGGAUGGUGACUAUUCGCCGACGUUCUUUGCCUUUGUCGCUGCUUGUACUCGGAUGACUGUAGGUGAGAGUGCGUUUGCUGAGAACGCAUCUAUUCGCGAGCUGGCCGCUGAUCUUCUCGCAUAUGUGGUUACAGAGGACCAGGCCAUGUCGAUACAAAGUCUAUGA